AAAAAAAAUCAUAAUAAUAAUAUAGGAGAAAAAGAGAAAUCAUUGUGAUUAUUUUAUCUUAUUGGAAUGUUGGAUAAUAUAGUCUGCUUCAUUAAUCAUCAAGAACACUGUAAAUUUUCCAUUUUCAUUGGAUUUGUACCUCAAUUAAGGUGAUAAAGUUUUAAAGUUUUGAAAGUGAAAGCCAGCACCACCCCUCUCCUGGAGUGGGUGGGAACAGCAGUCACAUGGGCGGCCUUCCAUGUGACAUCACAGGUCCUUCAUGACACGUGGCUGCCUGGCCCCGCCUCCCUUCCCUUUCAUCUUUCUCACUGACCAAUGGGCUUCAAGCAUUAAGGCCACGCCCCUAUUCUGCAUUCUAGUGUGGCCCUGGUUACGCCUCCUCUGGCUCAGUCACACAGCUACCUGGUAGGUGACUGGAGGUGUAUCGGUGUACUCAUCUGGAUCACGCCACUGUGGCCCCAACCCCACUUCCCUCCCCACCCCAUGAUGUCAGAAGAAAACAGAGAGAGAAAAUUGGCUGAGGCCAAGAAAAAGUUUAGAGGCUAUCAUCAGUGGAACAAUGCUGGUGUUGGUACCGGAGGAACCGACACCAAAAAGAAAAUAAAUAAUGGCACUAACCCUGAGACAACCACUUCUGGUGGUUGCCAUUCACCUGAGGAUGAAAAGGCGGCAAGCCACCAACAUCAGGAAGCCCUAAGGAGGGAGCUAGAGACCCAGGAUCAUACUAUACGAAUCCUUACGAGUCAGAAGACUGAACUGGAGACAGGGCUCUACUACAGCCAGGAGGCUGCCAGGAAAUGUGAAGGAGAGUCGAAGGAUCUGGCCGGUCGCCUGCAUCGUUCCUGGCACUUUGCAGCAGAGUCACAGCAGGCUCUGUCUGCUGCGUCCACACAGCACAAGAAGGCGGACAGGGUGAGUCCAACCACCUGCUCGGCCCCCUGGGAGCCCCGUUUCACAGAUGGAGGAAUGAGCCUAAAGGUCCCUUCUGCACAAUGCAGUGUCCUGCCCAGAAGGCAGCAUGGGCCAUUUAGUACUGCUUUUGGGUGUGGAUAUUCGAGGCAGGUUGGGGCUGAGUCGGCUGCUGUGGGUUAGCGGCAGGGUGCUGUGGGGAACGAGCACCGGACACAGAGCUCCGAGGCCAAGAGCCCACCCUGCCCAUACGUGGCUGUGGCCUUUGCUAAGUCCUAGGCAGGGGUUAGUGUACUUGUACCAUGAAGGUACAGAAGAGUAUCUUUAGAAUGUUACCA